AUGGCGUUGAGCUUUGACGUCGACAAAUAUUGGCAGCCGGUGCAAUUGCCUGUGCGCAGCUUUUGCAGUCAACAAAGCGACAGAAGCUCGAGCUCGGCAACCCUGAAUGAAAGCCUCAACGGAGACGACACAUCGAUUCUCUCUGAAAAUGAUGGAGAUAAAACCAUCGUUGAAAGCGAGGAAUCAGAGUUCGCAGCAUUAAAGAAUGGUGAUUACGCCAAGUUGCGCCGAAGCCUACGCGCCGCUCAUCGUUCAACCGUUGUCUUUGAUCGUCGCUUCGUCGAGAACCUGAGGGCCAUGACCAAGUCGCAGCUGGAUGUCGAUGUGGCCAGGCGAUUGCGCAAAGGACUUUUGGAUAUGGACAACUGGGAACACCUACCGCGCCAAAGCAAGUCCGCGCUCCGUUCGUUGAUAGCCCACGUGAUUGCGCUGGAAAUCUACCAUAUUUCUCUUCACAGCAAAUCAGCGUUGCCGGAAGUGAGGGCCCGCGUCAAUUAUUUGAUAGAUCUCAUUGAUAAAGAUUUAUUGACUGGCACUGUACUUGCAACAAUUCUACACCUACCGUACCGGUCGCUUCGAUAUGAAGAUAGGCGAAAGCAGGCGUCACCGAUGUUUCAGCGUGUCAUCAGGAGCCUGCAGCGAGAGAUUCCACUGCGCUUCGCCGAACUAGAGAUCCCAAUCGACACUUCGUCAGGAAAUUCG